AAUAUUUUCGCAAGACACGCAUAUAGCUCCACUUUUAUUAAAUUCUUCACAUUGUCCACAUAUAUGGUCGUGAAUAUAUGUGUUUUAUGCAUGCAUUUACUGCAUUAUUACGAUGCAGGCAAAAUUCAGAAACCCAUGAAAUGAAGCGCAUAAUAGAAAAGAGAGCGAAAGCCAAGCAGCCGCUGCGUUUCAUUUUAUUUCAUGAUAAACAGCAGCUCCUUUGAUUAGCCCCAGCGGUUAAUGAUGAUAUAAUUGUUGACGCGAAGAGUAUUAACCGGACCGUAGAAGCCCAUUUGCCACCCGGUCUAAAAUAAAAAGGGCUGCGUUUUACAGCAUCGGACAGCAGAGACGUAGCGCUUCGCCUCACACCCCUAAAUCAAGAGAGGCGGGGGGCAUGACAUUUAGGGUGGGGAUUGACGCUUAUAGCCCUCGCCCUCUAUAUCGUUCAUUGGACAGAUGCAAAUAAUCAAUAAAAGCUGGUCUGGAGCAAAAGUUUGGCUUUUCUGACUAUUGCACUAACGUCAUUUGGGGAAGAGUCGUUGAAGCGAUUACCCCCCCAGGCAUGAUGGAGGACGGGCGGACACAGGUGUUGAACCCUGCAAGCAUUUCUUCAUUAGAGUGCUGGGUCCAGAAGACGGCGGUAAAGUUGGUCCAGAUAAAUGGACAGCGGAAGUACGGGGGUCCGCCGCCCAGAUGUAAUGAUGACAUCACCGACUGGCCAGACUGGACUGGACCAGUGCCAGGGCCUGGAUGUGAGGUGUUCAUCAGCCAGAUCCCGCGGGACAUCUACGAGGACCGGCUGAUCCCGCUCUUCCAGCACGUGGCGCCGCUCUACGAGUUCCGGCUCAUGAUGAACUUCAGCGGGCAGAACCGCGGCUUCGCUUACGCCAAGUACGGGGACCCGCUCCACGCCGGCGUCGCCAUACGCACCCUGCACCGACACGAGCUGCAGGAGGGCGCGCGGCUGGUCGUGCGCCGCAGCACGGAGAAGAGGCAGCUGAGCCUGGGUGAGAUGCCAGCCGGGGUGCAACGUGAGCAGCUGCUGCAGGUGUUGCGUGGCAUCGCCGACGGCGUGGAGAGCCUGACGCUGCGGCCUGGCAAGGGAGGCGGAGUCACCGCUGUGGUGCAGUACACCUCGCACUACACCGCCUCCAUGGCAAAGAAAGUGCUGUGUGAAGCGUUCAAGAAGAGGUUUGACAUCAUGAUCACGGUGAAGUGGCAGAGCUUUUCGGGGAAGCCCCGGCAGGACGCCGAUCAGGCGAAGCUCUCAGCCUCUCCCCCGCCAGGCUUUCCCCAGGUGACCCUCCGGUCUUCCCUCCUUCCCCCCCCCCUCCUGGAUGGAGGCCAUCGCCCAGCCCUCGGACAGUAUCCCUCCCUGCCCCGGCCGGCCCGCCCGGGCAGAGAGGCGCUCCUGUUCGGGGACGCCGUGGCCUUGCUGAGGAAGGUGUGUGACAUGCUGGAUUUGGGCCCCCCCCUCUACAGCACGCAGUACCUCUGCUCCAGCCCGGAGGGCUUCCUCUGCUUCGCCUUCAGGGUGCUGAUCCCGGGCGUGCCGCUGCCGUACACGGGCAUGACCCGCGUGCUGCCAGGCUGCAGCGGGGCUGCCCAGAGGGAGGAAGUGUACCAUGCAGCGGCCGAGCACAUCCUGAGGUCUCUCUACCAGGCUUGAGAUGCCCCUUUUAUUGCACAACCUGGAGGUUGGCUUGUUUUUUUUUUAGAAAUUUUAUUUAGCAGAAAUCUUUGCAUCUUUUGAAUUGUGGAAAAAAUAAUAAUUAAUAGUUUUACUUUUGAGAAAAUGUACUGAGAACCAUAUAUGAAAAAUGUGGGUGUGAUCUCUCCUUGGUUAUUACAGGUCAUGUGUUUGAUUUUGGGGGAUCACCUCUGCUCCUCUUUUCAGCUGCAUGCUCAUCACUGUCUUUUUUUUGUGUGUGAACGUUUUUAUUUCACUUGUGGUUUUGCACUUUUUUAAUUUCUUUUGGUUUUGCACUUUUGCGGAAUGUUCUGACGUGCACUAAUCCAUGGCUGGCUUUUGUUUGACUCGUUCUUGUAUUAAAAUGAGAAACUAAAA